UGGGAAUUUAGAGUUGAAAAGGGGGCGGAAACGGAAUAAACCAGAAAUAAACUUCUGGUUUAUGUGAAUAUUUUAAGGUUGUAGCAGUUGGUAUGUUAUUCAGGACAUUAGCAGGGAGUGUCUGCACUCUAAUAGGAGCUGCAACUACUUUAAAAUUUGUCCAGGCCCACGCAGCCGCUUUCUUUCACAGCGCAGUUAGGAAACCUUCUUUGGUAGAACAAGCAAACAUGAGGGUUGAACUUCUUCCCGCACUCAGUGACAACUACAUGUACCUCCUGAUCGAUGGUGACUCCAAAGAAGCGGCUAUUGUUGACCCCGUGGAGCCAAUAAAGGUUGUAGAGGCUGUCAGAAAACAUGGUGUAAAACUCACAACAAUUCUGACCACCCAUCAUCAUUGGGAUCAUGCUGGUGGAAAUGAGAAGCUGGUGAAGAUAAUGCCAGGGCUGAAGGUCUAUGGAGGAGAUGACAGAGUUGAUGCUAUUACAAAGAAAGUUUCUCAUUCCCACAGUUUUAAACUUGGAUCACUCAAUGUCAAAUGUCUGUUCACACCAUGUCACACAACUGGCCACAUCUGCUACUAUGUGACACAAGGAAAUAGCACUGAGCCACCAGCUGUGUUCACAGGGGACACACUGUUUGUUGCUGGUUGUGGUAAAUUCUUUGAGGGCACAGCAGAGCAGAUGUACAAAGCCUUGAUAGAAAUUCUGGGACGCUUGCCUCCUGAAACGCGUGUUUACUGCGGUCAUGAGUACACUGUCAGCAAUCUGAAAUUUGCUCGUCAUGUGGAACCAGACAAUGAAGUCAUUCAGAAAAAACUAGCAUGGGCAAAGGAGAAAUGCAGCGAGGGUGAACCUACCAUUCCAUCCACUGUAGCAGAUGAAUUCACAUAUAACCCCUUUAUGAGAGUAAAGGAGAAGUCCGUCCAAGAUCACGUAAAGCAGACAGACCCGAUUGAAACCAUGAGAAGUCUCCGGAAAGAAAAGGAUGGUUUCCGCGUGCCCAAGGAGUGAUGCCUCGUGCACUCGUGCUGACAUUUCUGAACAGCAGCUUACAACACUGCGAGCCGCUUAUAGUAUCCUAAAGAAAACAUCUGCAACUCCUCUUCAAAGCCAUUUGAAAGAAAUGCUACUAGAUUGCUCUAUCAUGGCAGAAACCUUUUAUCACUAUGUUCAGCCCUAAUAUAUUGUAGCUAUAAACAUGGUUUAGUUUGUUUAGGUUGAUGUUCGGGUGCUCGUUUUAAGGAAUAUAUGGCCAUUGAUUUAAUGCUUUAAAUGAUAAGUUUGUUAAUCUGUGAAUUUGGAGUUAUAAAGUCUAUUUAGUAUUUGUAAUAUAUUGAUGCUCACACUGUUCCAUUCAGUGUUUAAAUUUGAAAUCUAAGAAAGGGAGUCACAUGAAUAAUGUAGAAUGAAGAAUGUGUAAAAUUUCUGUACAUUGGCAAAGUUAUUUCCUUGUCUGUAAAAUUUUGUAUCAGUGUUUUAUUGUGACCUGGAAUGUUUAUUCAUGUUAUAUAUGAUAAAAUCAGCACUAAUGCAUUUUAUUUCUGUGAGCACAGAAUUGUCUAUGUACUGGAGUGUCAGCAUUAAAUGAUAGACACCUCAAAUGCUCUUUUGUAUGUAAAGUACAAAAAAUACUGCGUUAUGUUCUACUGGGAAGCACAGUAGAACACAUUUGUUGUAGAAAUAAAUUGUUUUGCCUUCAAAAUGUAGUUUACUAAUACUAAAAGCAUUAAUCAUCAAAUUACCUCAUUAAAAUUAUACAACAUUCCUGGAUGAACAUUACGCAGAGUUUUAAUGUAACUGAUCAGGUUGGAACAAUUAAGGCACCAUACAACCACAUGGGUGUUUUCACUUAUUCUAAAAGUAUCCCAUAUUUUACCCUAAUAUAGCCUAUAGCGAAGAAGAAGUAAAGGAAAAAGGGACAUUUUCAUGUAAAG